CAGAUCACCUUAAAGAAAACCCCAAAACCAGAUGUGAACAACCUCCAGAGCUAACAAAGCACCUGGCUAAGCAUCCCUUCCGAGAAUUGGACCACAAGGCCCUCCUGGACCACGAGGACCCCCUGGACCAUCUGGCAAGGACGGCAUUGAUGGAGAGCCAGGCCCUCCUGGUUUGCCAGGCCCACCAGGGCCAAAAGGUGCACCAGGGAAGCCUGGAGCUGCAGGUGAAGCUGGAUUGCCUGGCCUUCCUGGAGUGGAUGGUUUAACAGGAACUGAUGGCCCCCCUGGCCCAAAUGGGCCUCCAGGAGAUCGUGGUGCAUUAGGACCUGCUGGGCCACCUGGACCAGCUGGCAAAGGACUACCAGGACCUCCAGGGCCUCCAGGACCCAGUGGGCUCCCAGGUGGACAUGGAUUUCGGGGCCCUUCUGGACCUUUUGGUCUGCCAGGAUUCCCAGGGCCUCCUGGACCACCUGGGCCUCCUGGUCUUCCAGGUGCCCUUCCUGACGGUGGUGGGGACCUUCAGUGCCCAGCUCUGUGCCCACCAGGUCCCCCAGGCCCCCCAGGAAUGCCAGGCUUCAAGGGACACACUGGUCACAAAGGGGAGCCUGGUGAAGUAGGAAAACAAGGAGAGAAGGGUAACCCUGGCCCUCCCGGCCCUCCAGGAAUUCCCGGCGGUGUCGGCCUGCAGGGCCCAAGAGGACUAAGAGGCCUCCCUGGUCCAAUGGGUCCAGCUGGCGACAGAGGUGACAUUGGAUUCAGAGGCCCUCCUGGAAUCCCAGGACCUCCAGGGAAAGCUGGGGACCAAGGGAGCAAAGGACCUCAGGGAUUCCGGGGGCCCAAAGGCGACACUGGUAAACCUGGACCAAAAGGAAACCCAGGGGCUCGUGGACUCAUAGGAGAACCUGGAAUGCCUGGCAAGGAUGGGCGGGAUGGAGCUCCUGGACUCGAUGGUGAGAAGGGUGACGCAGCUCCCAUGGGUGCUCCUGGAGAGAAGGGGCCAAAUGGACUUCCUGGUCUGCCUGGAAGAGCAGGUAUUAAAGGCUCAAAGGGUGAACCAGGCAGCCCUGGAGAGAUGGGAGAGGCAGGUCCCUCAGGAGAGCCAGGCAUCCCUGGUGAUGUUGGCAUUCCUGGUGAGAGAGGCCUGCCCGGACCCAGAGGAGCAACUGGACCACUUGGCCUCCAAGGCCCCACAGGAGCCCGAGGUGUCCGAGGUUUCCAGGGGCCCAAAGGUGCCAGUGGUGAGCCUGGCCUUCCUGGCCCGACUGGGAUCCGUGGAGAGACAGGUGACAGGGGUCCUGUUGGUGUUCCUGGUCCGAAGGGGAGCCAGGGCAUUGCUGGAGCAGAUGGCCUGCCAGGUGACAAAGGAGAGCUGGGUCCCUUUGGACCCCCUGGCCAAAAAGGAGAGCCAGGAAAAAGAGGAGAACUUGGUCCAAAAGGUGCCCAAGGACCUAACGGGACAGCUGGAGCACCAGGGAUCCCAGGACAUCCAGGACCCAUGGGUCAGCAGGGAGAGAGGGGUGUCCCUGGCAUCACAGGAAAACCUGGACCUCCUGGAAAAGAAGCCAGUGAACAACAUAUCAGAGAACUCUGUGGGGAAAUGAUAAAUGAGCAAAUUGCACAGUUGGCUGCUAACCUGAGGAAGCCCUUGGCUCCUGGAAUGACGGGACGGCCUGGCCCAGCCGGGCCCCCGGGUCCUCCUGGAACCACGGGAAGUGUUGGGCAUCCUGGUCCUCGGGGGCCUCCUGGAUACCGAGGGCCAACAGGAGAGCUUGGUGAUCCUGGGCCCAGAGGUGACACCGGUGAAAAGGGAGAUAAAGGACCUGUUGGCCAAGGCAUCGAUGGGCCUGAUGGUGACCAAGGGCUGCAGGGACCACCUGGUGUGCCUGGAAUUACCAAAAACGGCCGUGAUGGUGCUCAGGGUGAACCCGGGCUGCCAGGGGAUCCUGGGACUCCUGGGACUAUUGGGGCUCAGGGAACUCCAGGAAUAUGUGACACGUCGGCUUGCAUGGGAGCUGUUGCUGCAUCAACUUCCAAAAAAUCAUAAACCAACAGUACAAGAAGUGAAGAAGUGACUGAAUAUUUAAAUAAACAGUGCAUUGUAAGAAAACAGAAUCCUUCUAGUGCUAAAAGGACAGAUGCUCCUUCUAUUCUAUUAAGUGGAGACUUUGACACAGUUCUAUGAAAAAGAAAGCAUCAGAUGAAAACUUUAAUUAAAAGAUGCUUUAUGACUAUCUUUUCCGCCCCCCAAUUAUUUUCCAGAAUUUUUACUGCUAAACAACCUCACCUUUCCUUCUUCCCUUUGCUCAAGAGACCUGCAAGAGGAAGCAUUGCUCCUUUUAUGUACUAAAGAUCACGACUUUUUGCUAAGAAAGUCUGAGCCUUUUCCACUGAAUUCCUUGGUGCUGCUCCCACUGACUUCAGUCCUGCAGGUUUGUGCACUCAGACACGUUGUUAAGGCACUCAGGCACUCAGCUGCCUCUUCCAUCAGUGGAAAUCAGGCAUUUCAAUAUCCUGUAUUUUAACAUCUGAACCUUCUGGCCUAAGGAAUGACCAUUGCUUUAGUCUGUGCUGCCAGUUAGAAAUUUUCAGAUUGCACCUCAAACAUUUGCCAAGACUAGUAAACAGUAAUCCUCUUGCAAGCAAAUUCUGCAAAAGGAGUAAUGUAAAUAUUUUAAUUUCCAGGGAAGAAUUUUUGUAUAUUUCCAUAUGAUAACGGAGGAAAUGAAGUAACAGCAUUUUCAUGACCUCUACUUCAGCUAUUUGCACAGUAAUUGUGAUGGAACCCCGCCUAAGAAAGGAUGCUCUUUUAAAGUCCAGCCAAAACCACCUGUAUGAACUGUUGUAAAAAUAAAAGGAGAUUUUUUUUAACCUUUUCUUUGUGAUGUUGUAAAUGUCAUUAUAUAAAUCAAAUUAACUUGGCUAAACAGCAUUUUCCAGAACUGGUUUUACUAGGAUUGUUUGGACAUAAAUUGCUGCACAAUUGUUCUUAUCCGUGAUUUAAACCAGCAUUAAUUUUGGUAGAACUUUUUAUACUUUAAAACUUGCUAGCAUCAUCUAUUUAAAAAAAUUAAUAAAACCCCUCUCAGCUCACACACAGUUCUAUUUCCGUCCGUGCCAAAGCCUAUGAACGAAGCAUCAUAUUCCUCUUUAAAUAUAAAAAUACUUUAUGCAUUUAAAUAUCUACUAUUUAAAAUAUGCCACUUUUGGUCUUAAGUAACAGCACAAGAACCUGUUGGACAGUUGUGUGGCAGACAUUAAAAGUAGUACUGAAUUUAAAAAUGUCAACACCAUUGCACUACUCUUUGGAGCUAAUUAUGUUAAAUAUAUAUGCAAAAUUCAUAAUACGCACAGUUUAGAAACUAUGCACUCAUCCAAAUAAACAAUACAAUAUUUACAUUUUAAGUGAAAAAAAUGGGCAUUAUAAUAUGGUAACUUUAGUUUCUUUUUACACUGGAAGAAUGAGUUUGCAUCUAGCCAUUAAAAUAACAGGCAGAUGGAUGUUCUACAUCUCUUCCAGUCUGUACUGCAUCAUCUUUAAAAAAGAAGGUAAAAGCAAACAAUUAAAUAAGACCCCAAAGCAGAUUGACAAGCAAAUUUUGUAUAACUAAAGGGUUACAAUACUUAGUCAUGACAUUUUCUUGUAGCUUCUGGUCCCAAAGCCCCUUGAACAGGGCACUGAUUUCCAUUGCUGGCAGUUAACUUCCAUUUCCAUUUCCACUAAAGAAUGUUUCCUUUAAAUUUCUAUUUAUAUAUAUUUACAAGUUACACUUUCAAAUUCCUAUUCAGCAUGUAAAUAAUAAAACAUGGGUUGGACUAUU